UGUCGAAAAAAAAAAUUAGCGACAGAUCAGCGACGAAUACUUUAUUUUUAUAUUUUCGACGGAUUUGCGAUGGAUUAGCGACGAAUUUUAAAAAUAUUAGCGAUGAAAUUUAUUCUAUUGCUAAUUCAUCAGAAAAUGCGAAGAAUAUAAAAAAAAAACCCUAAUCAUCUCUUUCAUCCUCUCUUUUGAUUUCAGCUGCUGUCUUCCUCUCCUCUCCUCUCCUCUCCUUGCCGUAAGACCCUUCUCUUUACCAUUGUCGCCACCGCCGUUACUGCUAAUCCCGCUGUCGCCGCUGCCAAUACUGCUGUCGCUCGUUGUUGCUGUUGCUGUCGCUCGUUGCUACUGUUGUUCUCGCUGCCACCGCUAUUGUCGCCACCGCCGCCACUGCUGCUGUUGCCGCUCGCCGCCACUGCUGGUGACCUUGUUCAACCUACCAAUUUAGGAGUGGGGUACAGUCCAUCUUGCAUAAUUUUUUUACUUUCUUAUGAUUAUGGGUUUACAGAGAUUGAGUGCACCAUUGGGAUAAUUUUAAUUGAUCUGUUUAUUGUGCAUAGUUUUACUAUUGCUAUUUUUAGUAAAUCCUAUGGUUCUUUGCAAUUUGUUCAUCCCUUUUGCCUAGUAUUCUGUAUGGUGGAAUGGCUAUGAAUAUGGAUGCAAUUUGCUUUUACUUUUCCUCCUCUACUUGAUGCAAUUCGCCUAGUUUCUUCCUUUAUUUUGCUGAAAGUAAUUUUUGAUACCAAACUCGAAAAUCUUUGGCUUUGCUUUUACUUUUCCUCCUCUACUUGAUGCAAUUCGCCUAGUUUCUUCCUUUAUUUUGCUAAAAGUAAUUUUUGAUACCCAACUUGAAAAUCUUUGGUCCCUAUGAUAAUCUUGCUUUAGCAUACUUUCUAUUUGAAAUUAAUCAAUUUAUUAAAAGCUGCUCAUGGCUUGGCAUUAGAGAACCCAUUUCCUUGGGUGGACCAACAAAGUAUGAUGAGAUAAAGACUCGCAAACUUAAAGAGGUUUACUUGUAGUUUUGUUUGUUAUGUUUUUCAUUAUUGUGAUCUAGUCAAAGUAGUGGUUCUGCACUUGCUGAUUUCAAAAUAUGUAGGAUGUAUAGUUUUUGCAAGAUUUGGGAUUGUACGAGAGUCCGAAGGAGGUUGUGAGUAAAGAGAAAGUGCUUGCGAAACUAGACCAGGUUGAAAUUUAUUUCUAUGGACUUGUAUGCAUUAUAUAUAUAUAUAUAUAAAUUUUAGUAGGGGAUCAAAAUAUUUGAUUGCUUUGAGUUAUGGUGCCAGUCUAUCUUGAAUUGAUGAAAGAAGCAUGAUUUUGGUCUAAGAAGCUAGCAACUAUGUUAUUUAUUGUUAAAGAAUUAAAAAAAAGGGAAGAUUUAAAACGAAAAAGAAGGGUAAAGAAAGCAGUUUUAGAAAUAUUUAAUUGUUAAAACCAUAGUCAGUAAAAAAAUAGGUAAACCUUAGAUUCUGAAGUUCUAAAUUUUAAUAGCCUUUAAAAAAAAAAGAAUCAACUGUAUUGAUAUAUUCAUAUUGAAUUAUAGGAUUCAUCAACCGUAUUUUAAUAGCCUUGUAUGUUGAACAAUUUAAUUAUUGUCGUUGUUGAAUGCUUAUGCAUUAAAAUAAUAGUUGUAAAUAUUAGAAAUCCAACAGCAUAAUUGAUUCAUAGGUAACCCACUUAAUAAGUAUUUUUAAUAAUUAUUUAAUACAAUUUCACAUAUUUGGAUCAUGCAGCUUGUGCUGCUACUGUGCAGCAUGCAUGCUUGUUGCUGCUCCACAGUAGCAGUUGCUGCUAUUGUGUAGCAGCAACAGUUGCUGUUAUUGUGUAGCAGCAAUAGUUGCUAUUGCGUGCAGCAUGCAUGUUGCAACAGCUUGUGCUGCUCAAGCUGCACUCAAUAGCAACUGCUGCUGUUGUGCAGAGCAACAAUAGCUCGUGCUACUCUGCAACAUGCAUGCAGCAGCUUGUGCUGUUGCUAUUGUACAGCAUGACCAGUAGUUGUUGCUGUGCUGUGAAUGCUGCACUCAGCAGCGGCAACAGUAUGAGCAUUUCUGCUUAUGCUGCAGCACCAUUUGUCACUCAUUUGGUGCCCUUUGCAUUCCAUCACAAUGUAAAGCAUUUGUCACUAUUUUGGUUCAGACUUGUGUAACUUUUGAUUAACUAUAAAUUUAGAGGAUUGUCCAUGGGUUAGUGAAGAAUUUUAUUUUAAAAGACAAACCCUAUCCAUUUAUGACAUUUGUCGUCAUUAUUUUAAACUUUCUAACAGCUCAUUCUAAAUCAAACAGCCCUAAAUUGAACAAACAUGGGUCAGAACAAAGGUUAUAUUUAUUUAUUUUCUCAUUAACUUAUUGAGGAUUUGCUGUAAAUAUGCCUGCUACUACACUAUUGUCAUUUAUCGUGGAACUCAUUUUUAUAACUUUUGAUAUAUAUAGUUUGGCUUGGUCGGUUUACUUUACGUGCCUUCUGAUGACCGCUGGAUUUCUUCACCCCGGUCUAGGGCCAGGCCCAUGGUACCAGCUUUAAGACCGGGCUCCAGUUAGCUUCCUCAAUCAGGCCGACCCAGUCCAUACGGCCCAUUAAACAGAUCCUAUCUGGGCUCAACUUUAAUCCUAUCUUUAGGCCCAGCUCGGAAUUAGGAAGGGGAUCAACCCAUAUGUCUUGUGGGUCCAUCUGCAUGCACGCCCAGGGGGAAUCAGAGGCCGUUACGCAUGGGGCAGGGACCUGAUAUUCUCGUACGUCCGUAUCAACAUGGCAGGGACAGGUGGCCCAAUGACAGACAGUUUGUUAUACGUCACUAGCGGACAAAAGAAAACAGAUAAAAGGAGGAUUUUCCUCCUCUAGAAAAAAGCUUUUGGCUAAGUUUAUAGAACCCUUGUAAAACUCUAUUUUUCUGGAUCUCAAAUCAUCAAUUGGCGCCGUCUGUGGGAAACGAAGGAGAUCUUUUCAUCGCCGAAGUUCCACUCUUACAAUACCCACUGAGAUCCACGAUGGCUAACCACAAUGAAAACAACACCAUUAACACUCCCAAUGACUUGAACUCUGUCCAAGAGGGGGCAGCAGUUCUCUUUCUCCAGUCCUACAACUCCAAACAACCAACUACCCAUCUCUUUCAACCCCUCGCCAAGCCUGGCAGGGAAUGUGCCCGCCGCUGCCUUGUCCAACCAAGACCUCCAAACCAUCGCCCUUCAGUUACAAAACACCGCCCACUGGCUGGGGCAGAUGAUGCAACAACGGGGCCUCAGUACCCCAAUAAAUAUGUUGCCGGUGGUAGAAGAGCCCCGGACCAAUGAAUCUCAGCCUACCUUCAACCAUCUCCAAACCGUCAGUCGAGAAAUCAGAGACGGGGGGAGAAGAGCUGAAGAAGAGGAAGAGCCGGAAGCUCGAGUUCAUGGAAGGAGGGUGAGGGAAAUGAUUGAGAAUGAUGAGGCCGACAGUUACUCUGCCGGAACAACCAAGCGGACGAGAAGCGAAGCGGAGGAAGAGGAGUACCGCCGGGAGAGGAAACCCAGGCAAGAGGAGGAGAGUGUAGACCAAAAGCUGCAAAAGAUGAGAGAGCAGCUCUUGGCCGAGUUGGGAACGAAGGAUCAUAAUCAAACUCUCCUGCCCACCUCUUUACCCUUCUCGACGUGGGUGCAGCAGGAGAUGGUUCCCAAAAAAUUUAUGAUGCCGCCUAUGGUCGCAUAUGACGGAGCUGGGAACCCCCAGGAGCACGUCUUGAACUACAAAACUUUCAUGGAACUGCAGACUUUAUCAGAUGCCUUGAUGUGCAAAGUGUUCCCAACGACGCUCUCGGGGCCAGCACGGGCAUGGUUUAACAGCCUUGAGACUGGAAGCAUCAGAAGCUUUGGAGAUCUGGCCACUCGCUUCAUCAGCCGGUUCAUUGCCGGGGUGCCUGCAGACAGAAAGACAAGUUAUCUGGAGACAGUCAGGCAGAGAAGGGAUGAAUCGCUCAGGGAAUAUGUUGCCCGUUUCAAUACGGAGGCCUUGCAGAUUCCCGAGCUAGAUAAGGGUAGAGCAAUGGAGGCCAUGCAGAAAGGGAUGACUUCGCCCGAGUUCUUUAGCUCGUUGAGCAGGAAGCCCCCUACCUCACUGGCCGAGCUGAUGAAGAGGGCAGAGAAAUACAUAAGGCAGGAUGAUGCCUUGAUGACGAGCAGGUUCGCCAAAGGAGUGGCAGAUAAGGGGAAAGCCCCGGAGGAAAGGAGGCUGGAAAGGUAGGAGAAAAAGCAAGGCAGAAGGCCUGAGCCCUACAGACAACCUUGGGAGCGAAGGGACUAAAGACCCCUCCCUCCUAGGGUCCCAGAAUAGAAAUCACUUCCGCCUUGGGUUCCAGAGAAGCCGACCCCACUCAAUGCCUCCAGAGCCGAAGUGCUCAUGGCCGUCCAAGAUAAGGAGUUCUUACAAUGGCCUAGACCUAUGAGAACGAAAGCAGACCAACGAGAUCCUGACAAAUACUGUCAGUAUCAUUGCACACAUGGCCACGACACCAAUAACUGCUUCCAGUUGAUUACUGAGAUCGAGAGGCUGAUAAAGAGGGGACACCUCAAGAACUUUGUGAAGAAACCGGAGGGACAAAGGCCUCAGCCAAACCCAGCAGCGCAAACACUCAGGAGAAUGGGAGCGGAGCCAGUGAAUGAUGGGUCCAGUGGGACCAUCAACAUGAUCGUUGGAGGAACAGGAGGUCGAAUGAGCCGGUGAAGCAGAAGAAAAGGGUGGUAGGAAGGGAAAAGCAACAGGCCACCAGGGAGGAGGUCGGAUGAAGAAAAGACCUCGUUCAUAACAGAAGAUGGGACUUAUUGUUAUAAAGCCAUGUCCUUCGGGCUGAAGAACGUCGGGGCGACAUACCAAAGACUGAUGAACAAAAUCUUCAAAAGUCAGAUUGGUAGGAACGUAGAAGUUUACGUAGAAGUUUACGUAGAUGAUAUGGUGGUCAAAAGCCCAACUUUCCAACAGCACAUGGUAGAUCUAAGGGAGGCAUUCGAGGUGCUAGAACAGUACAGAAUGAGGCUGAACCCAGCGAAAUGUGCCUUCUUCAUCAGGGGAGGAAAAUUCCUAGGAUACAUGGUAAGUGGGAAAGGCAUUGAGCCCAAUCUUGAGAAACCUAGAAGCUACAGGAAAAAGAGCGGCAGUAGGCAAGUUGGCACCGACCUAAGAAGGCCCAUUCAAAACAGCAAAGGUGGUCAAGUCAGGGGUAUAUCGAAUUGAAGAUAUGCAGGGAAACCCUGAGCCCCAUGCCUGGAAUAUCCAGCACUUGAAAAGGUACUUCCCCUGAGGUAUUAUCAAAUGUAAAAAACCUAUCGUAUUUUAAAGCAUGAUAAUUGAUGACCGCUGGAUUUCUCCAUCCCAUUACGAGGCCGGGCCAAUAGUAGCAGCCCACAAUCAGGAGGUUCCUAAGCCCCCGAAUAAGCCAGGCCCAACCCGUUCAUCCUCCUGAUCGAACUCCUAUUUAAGUCACUCAAUCAGACCGACCCGGCCCAUUUCAGCCUUAAAGUCAGCCCUUUCCUAGGUUCUGGUCCUUUUUCCUCAAACCCGGUCACAAGAAGAAAAGACUGCGGGUCCAGUCAUUUCGCAGCCCUGUCCACUCGCGCGCCGAAGGGAAUUAAAUGCUUGCUUGACACAGGGAGGGUCCUGGGGUUAUCCGUACGUACGGACUUGCACCAAGGGGUAGGUGGUCCUAUAGCGGAAAGGCCAUCUCGCGUGAGGGAGAAGAAAGAGGAUAAAAGGGAGGAAACACUCUCCUCUAGGGCUAAGUUUUUUGCUAAGUUCACAGAACCCUUGUAAAACCCUAUUUUCUGGAUCUCAGAUCAUCAAU